UGGGGAAAGUGCUGUGAGGAGUGUGUGAACUGGCUAGUGACAGAGUGAGUCCGUAUGGAGUUUGGACAGGAGUUCACACAAGAGCAGAGAGAGGGAGAUCGCCAAGAGACAAGAGCGUGGGGAUCGAGCCCAGAAUCUGCAGCUGCCGAGCAGUCUGUGCUGAACUGACACAUCAAAGACAGACAUCAGAAAGCUCUCAGGCUGAGGCAGAGACUAUCCUCACAUCCUGGUCGGAGGAGCCUGAUCGGCAGGCAUUGGAAACAUCUAGGCAGUCUUACCAUUGUAAAGGCGGGGAAGCUUUUAGCAGCCCCGGAGGAGACAGCGGCAGAGUUUAAAGAGCUUGGGGUCCGAGAGGCAAUUCCCCCGAGCUGCAACAUCUGGAAGAUCCGAGCGAUUGAUUCCCCGCCGGAGCCCCUGGUCCUCGUUCACUAUGGAUAUCCUGGAUAACUUCGGGGCAGAGAAACUCUUCGCAGCUUCAAGCCUUGUGGAUUUGGAAGAUUUGAACGAAGCCGAUUUUCUCAGUAAUGUGCAUUUUUCGGAGAACCUGGAUGACUUCUCCAACGAGCUGUUCAGUAGCUUCUUCGAUGACCCACUGCUGGCUGAAAAGAACCCUCUGCUGGACAUGGAUCUUGACCCAGCCACUCCAGACAUCCAGGCAGAACACAGCUACUCUCUGAGUGGAGACUCUGCCCCUCAGAGCCCAGUCAUGCCAAUCAAGAUGGACGAAUUCAGCAAAGAGGCUGAUGGUGGACUUUGGUCCUUGGGACCAGACCUGACCCAUAUCAUGAUCAAACAGGAGCCAAACCUAUUGUCAGAGCCCUGCCACACCUCCCCAUCAACACAGAUAUCAGCUCUCUCUGGACAACACAUGAACAUCACUCCACCAUCAAAUGCCACAGAAGAAUCGGCCCAGACAGAACGAAGCACAGUGCCUCAAGUCAAAGUCGAACCCAAAGAUCUCAAUCAGUUUCUCAGUGUCCACGCAGAUGUGCAGUUGCCGCCUACUCCACCCAGCAGCCACAGCAGUGACAGCGAUGGCUCCCAGAGUCCUCGGUCCCUCCCUCCAUCCAGCCCAGCCCGACCACAGGCUCGGUCAUCCAGUGCGAUUUCAUCGUCCCCUCUGCUCACAGCUCCUCACAAGCUCCAAGGCACAUCAGGCCCUCUGCUGCUCACUGAAGAGGAAAAGCGGACCCUGGUCGCCGAGGGUUACCCAAUCCCCACCAAGCUGCCGCUCACAAAAGCCGAGGAAAAAGCGCUCAAGCGAGUCCGGAGAAAAAUCAAGAACAAGAUUUCAGCUCAGGAGAGCCGGAGGAAGAAGAAGGAAUAUGUGGACAGUCUAGAGAAAAAAGUGGAGACUUACACCUCAGAGAAUAAUGAGCUCUGGAAGAAAGUGGAGACUCUAGAGAAUGUGAAUCGGACCCUGUUGCAGCAGCUGCAGAAACUGCAAGCACUGGUGGCUGGGAAGGUGCCUCGACCCUGCCGGGUGGCAUCCACACAAACAGGAACCUGCCUGAUGGUCGUAGUGGUUUGCUUUGUUCUAGUCCUGGGCUCCUUCAUGCCCUGUCUCCCAGAAUUCUCUACCGUCUCCCAGACAGUCAAAACAGCUCCACUGUCUGCAUCUGAUGUUUACACCACUAGUCAGAUUCGCUCCAGGAGCCUGCUGUUUUACGACGAGGGCUCGUCCCUUGAGGAUCGCUACUCCACCUUCUUCCCAGUGGAGAGCUCAGAUAAAUGGGAGCUGGCGUCCAGGGAUACAAGAGAAGGCAAGAGGUCACAUGACACAUCAAAUGAUUACAUCACCUGGUCGCAAGAGGCGUCCAAAUACCUAAGCAAUGCCCACAUGGAGGUGAUCGACUCCAAUAAGACUAACCACAGGAAAUUUGUUCAGGAGAAAGCGCAUCAUGAGAGGUGGGCAUCGACAACUGUAAUCACAGCAAAAUCUUUGUAACUGGACUGCCCCUUUAAAUAACCCUUUGGUAGAGAUCAUUUUAUUUUGCAAGCCUAAAAUGUUUGAUGUUAUUGCGUGUGUGUGUGGAUGUGUGUGUGUGUAUGUGCGUAUAUGUUUGAAUGUGUAUGUGUGUGUUUGUGUGUCAGAGUGUGUGUGUGUGUGUGUAUGUGCCUGUGUGCACACGUCCGUGUGUGUGUGUAUGUAUGUAUGUAUGUGCCUGUGUGCUCAUAUCCGUGCAUGUAUGUAUGUGUGCCUGUGCACGAAUGUUCGCAUUAGAUUCUGUAUUUGUUGCUGUUCUUACCACACUCUGCACUGAUCUGCCCAUGUUCUUCACUAUUUCCGUUGUGCUACUCCCUGUUCUCACCACAUUACUUGCUACACUCACUACACUCUUCAUUAUCUUCACGGUGUCCUUUACUGUUCUCAUUGUGUUCCCCACUAUUAGCGUUGAAUCCCUCAUGAUUCUCCCUCCAUUCUUUGCUGUUCUCAAUCUUGCUAUUUCUCGCUAUUUUCACCCCGUUUCUCGCUAUUAGCGUUGAGUUCCUCACUAUUCUGACUGCGUUUCGCAUUACUCUCACCCUGUUCCUCAUUACUUACACUGAGUUCUUCACUAUUAUCAUCCUGUUCCUCAUUACUUAUACUGAUCUCCUCACUACUCUCAUCAUGUUCCUCACUAUUCACACCCUGCUCCUUGCUAUUCUCACCCUGCUUCUCACUAUUCUCACAGGGUUCCUUACUAUUCUGACUGCAUUUCUCACUAUUCUCACCCUGUUCUUCAUUAGUUACACUGAGUUCCCCCCUUCUCUCACCCAGUUCCCCCCUUCUCUCACCCUGUUUCUCACUAUCUUCAUUGGCUUCCUCACUAUUCUCACUGUUAAUGGUUGGGUUUUAGGUUUCAGCUAUGUACAGGAUGCUUCAUUAACAUCUGUAUGAUGUGAACCAUAUUUGCACAAAUGAGAUGACAUAACUCAUGAGAGGCAGAUGUGCAAGCAAGGAAGAUGAUCUGCUCAAAUGGAGGUAAAAAGAUCGCAUCAUGCAAAUAUUAAAGAAGCAUCCCACUUCUCACUCUUGUGUUGUGGUUUUUAUAAAGAUAAUUGUGAUUUUUAAUUGGAAUAAGCUAGGCACUGGUGUGCGUGCAGGGCUAACACUGUUUCCUGCAGUGUGUGGAAGUGAAUCUUAAUAUAUCCGCUACAGAGCAACUAUCAUGUAAGAUAAUGGAGACUGUGGGAACAAUAUCCAGCUAACAUGUUAUAGCAGCUAUUUAGAAAUAAAAUGCUUCCUAUUGCAUUCAAA